UUCGAAUCAGUUUAUCCAGUGCUCUGUCGUCGCGAGCACGUUCAAAAAAAGCCAAACGGAAUAAUUCGAAAUUAACUCGUAUUACGGAGAAUACAUUUUCAAACUGGACCACAUUUUCGAGGAUUGUCACCGGGAGCAGUUUCACAAAAUGUCUCACGGCGAGCGAAAAGGCCGCCUCAAUGUGGUCAAAUUUCUGGAAUUGGGUUUUGCGGUAGCGUGCCUUGUGCUUCAUUUCUACAGCUUUAAUGAUCGCGAUAUAAUGACAUCGUUUCUGGCCACUGGCACCUUUACGGGCUAUAUAAUCGUGGUCAUCGGGGUAUUCGCAGGUGUUCUGAUGCGAGCACCCAUUCACAAGCGCAUCGAUAUAUUCUUUAGUGUCUUGGGCUGCACUUUGUUCGUGGCCAGCGGUGUGUUCAUCAUCGAGGCCUGGGAGUUCUCCUUCCGCACUCGAACUCGGGAUCUCGCACUUAUCAAGGCCUCACUGUCGAUCGUCAAUGGAGUGCUGUUCGGAUUCGAUGCCGUCUUCACAUUUCGCGACAAGUGAAUCAUUUUCAGCUGGAAGUCACUUCGCCAAAUCCUCUGGAGCUUCUUUUUUUGCAUUUAAUAGUUGUAAGGAUAUAUAUGGUAUUUCUCUUCCCGCUUUAAAUUUCACCAUUCAUACAAACAAACAAACUGUUAACUUUAAUCUUUAUAUUUAAGUGUUCUUUUUUUUUUUGUCUCAAUAAAAAGUAAUUCGCCAUCA